CUACGAGCCUCGCGAUUGGCUGAGAGCGAGAGGGGCGGGACCUGCGGCUGAAGCCGGAGCGGAGCGCGGUGCCGGGGCGGCCAUGGCGGAGCGGGGCCUGGUGGUGUCGGCGCCGGGAAAGGUGAUCCUGCACGGGGAGCACGCGGUGGUGCACGGCAAGGCGGCGCUGGCCGUGGCGCUGGGGCUCCGCACCUUCCUGUGCCUGCGGCCCGGCGGUGAGGGGCGGCUCCGUGUCCGCCUGCCCGGAGUUGGAGUCCUCAGGAGCUGGGAGCAGCCCGGGCUCAGCGCCCUCAGGGAGCGCCUCGGGGCUGACUUAGAUGAAUCUAAGCCCCCCAGCGCAGAGCUGCUGGAAGCACUGAAAGAGUUUGCUGGAAUCCCUGCCGAAGCCUCCGGUCCCGACAGCCUUGCUAUUCUUGCCUUUCUUUAUAUGUGCCUGGCUAUUUCAGCUAAGUAUGGAGAUGUUCCCAGCGUGGACAUCGUGGUGUGGUCGGAGCUGCCCACGGGAGCCGGGCUGGGGUCGAGCGCUGCCUACGCGGUGUGCUUGGCGGCGGCGCUGCUGCACGCCUGUGGAGCCAUCUCCUGCCCGCUGAAGGACGGGGAGAUCACAGCCAGGUGGACAGAAGAAGAGAUGACUCUGAUCAACAGCUGGGCCUUCCAGGGGGAGCGGGUGAUCCACGGCAAUCCCUCGGGUGUGGACAACGCUGUUGGCACUUGGGGUGGAGCCCUGAGAUACCAAUCAGGAAAAAUCAAAGCGUUAAAGAGGGUGCCGACGCUGAGGAUCCUGCUGACCAACACCAAAGUCCCACGAAGCACCAAGGUCCUGGUGACGGGGGUCAAGGAGAAGAUCCUGAAGUUCCCGGCUAUAAUGAACCCGGUGCUGGACUCCAUCGAUGCCAUUUCUCAGGAGUGCCAAAGUGUUCUGGAAGCGAUGCCUGCAAAUCCAUCACCGGAGCAUUACCCUGUGCUGGAGGAACUCUUCGACAUCAACCAGCACCACCUGAACGUGAUCGGGGUCGGCCACCCCUCCCUGGACCGGCUGUGCCGGGUGACGGCCUCGCACGGCCUGCACAGCAAGCUCACCGGCGCUGGCGGCGGCGGCUGCGGCAUCACCCUGCUGCGACCAGACACCACCCCUCAGGCCGUGGAAGCAGCCAAGCGAGAUCUGUGCGCGUGCGGAUUUGAGUGCUGGGAGACCGACAUCGGGGCCCCCGGGGUGACCCUGCACUCCUCCUCGUCUUUAAAAGCCCAAGUGCUGCACGAGCUCUCCGAGAGCUGAGCCGCUGCCCCUGGCGAGGCCGAGCUCUUGGCUGGCUCUGCCCCCGCUGCCUGGGAGCUUCUCCCAGUGCUCCCAUCUGCGUCCUUCUGGGUGCUGGGGUUCAGGGCUGGUGCCUCGGGGAGCUGGGACCGCGGUGAGGACCCAGGAGCAACUGCUCGCACUUGCUCUGGGCCCCAGUCCGACCCAGCCUCUCAAAAAUCCUCUUCUGAAUUUCCUUUCUCAACUGCUGUGCUAAUCUCGAGGGGCAGGAGGAGAGCUCUGGGCUGGAUUCCAGCACGGAUAAUGACACUCGGCUUGGUUCUCCUGCUUCAGAUGCGUGCGGUGUCUCUCCGCGUCUCCCCUGGCGUCCUGCGAGGGCGUGCAGCGAGGCUGGCGAGGCGGAUGUGCAGAGUGCUUUGACAUUUGGGGGUGAAAAGCAUCUUGGCAGCUCAGGGCUCAACACUUGGGUCUCGGUUUUUCCUGGACUGCAAUUAACCGUGGAAAGGAAACAUUUAAAUAGAGCUCUUACCUGUUACUAAUUAAGAGGUGGAUAAUUAACGUGAAAAAAAAACAGCACAACUCUAAUGAAUUUAUCACUGUUUUCACUCUGGGCUGAUAAAGAGGGUCCUGUAACCAGGCUCUGUUCACGUGCCCGAGGUCUGGUUCAGGCUCUGGCUGUUACCUGCAGGGAGGGUGGCUGGAGGCAAAGGCAGUUUUAGGAUUUCUACUUACCGUAGCUCUUCUGGGAUCUGUUUGGGGAGCGUGCUCUCAUGCUUCUGUCUUAAAUGAGCCUGCUGGUGGGGGUGAGAGCUGUGCCUCCUGUAAAGGUGGGAGAGAUGGAGGGGGUCAGCAAACAGAGCAAGCGCAGAUUUUAAAAACUUAGCUUAAAGUAAUUGGUUUUAAGGAAAAAAAAAAACUUUUCAAGAGCUGACCACAGUGUGCAAGUGGCGAGGCAUAAAACCUGAAUGCAUUUACACUCGCUGUGUAAAUGCAGCUUCUUCUGAAAUGUUAAUGGUGUACUGCUGAACUAAUGGAACUGGGAGGUGAGUACGUGACCCCAGAAAUAAGCUGACUCCUUGUGGCUGGGAUCCCUUCGAUACCUGCUGAAGAUUUUGUCCUUGUUUGUUUUUUUUUUUAAGUGUUGCUCUGCUCAAGAAUUAACUUCACUGAAAGCCAAAUAAUAAAUGGUCAGAGGGGGGGCAGAUUGCCUUCCCCUUCCAGUGCAGGAAUAAGAAAUCAAGUGUGAGAAGCUGAGGUCUACCAGCUCUAACGUCUUGCCAUCCUCAUGACCAGGUUUAGCUCACUGAUCAGACAUAAAUAAAACUGUCUCUGUUUUUAAUAAAUUGACAUUUUAUACGUGCAAA